AUGUCUACAGAAAAGCUCUCUGCCGCAUCAUCCCUGCGCACAUUCCUUGAAGAAUGUAAGGCGGAGGGAGAUGUUGUGGAAAUUGAUCUGGAAGUGGAUCCCCAUCUCGAGUCUGGUGCCAUCUCUCGCCGUGCAUACGAAACAGGCAGUCCAAUGCCGCUCAUCAACAAUCCCAAGGGUAAAGACGGCCCAGAAGGUCUCUUCCGCAUCCUCGGUGCUCCAGUGGGUGUCCGAUCUGAUCGAGCAACUAGAUACGCUCGUUUCGCGAAGUCUAUUGGGCUUCCUUCCAACGCAACUGGACAUGAAAUCAUCCAGAAGCUCCUAGUCUGCAAGAGAGCCGACCCGAUUCCAUCUGUUCUCGUUGAUGAUGCACCGCUCAAGGAGCACAAGAUCUUUGGUGAUGAUGUCGACCUUCUCAAGCUGCCAAUUCCACAAAAUCACGCAAAGGACGGAGGCAAAUAUUUCCUCACAUACGGGCUACACAGUGUUCAAACUCCGGAUGGGAAAUGGGUGAACUGGGCUAUCACUCGUUGCAUGGUGAUCGGUAAACGGCAAUUGACCGGCCUCGUGGACGUGAAGCAGGAUAUUGGGGCCAUCUGGGCGAUGUGGAAGGCUCAGGGAAAGGACACACCCUGGGCUUGCGCUCUUGGCGUUCCGCCAGCAGCCGGCGUGGCUAGUGGUAUGCCACUCCCUAAAUUUGUGAACGAGCCGGAUUAUGUCGGUGCUAUCACAGGAACUCCUAUGGAGGUCAUCAAGUGUGAGACAAAUGAUCUUGUAGUGCCGGCACAAUCUGAGGUCGUUCUUGAAGGAGUUAUCUCGGCAACCGAGACGGCGAUUGAAGGACCCAUGGGAGAAUAUCAUGGUUUCCUUUUCCCAACCAAGCAAUCGGCACAGCCAGUGAUGACGGUCAACGCAAUUACCUAUCGAAGCAAUCCUAUCGUACCGAUCAGUGUCGCAGGUCGUGCUCCAGACGAAACUCAUACCGUUUGGGCCUUGUCAAUUUGCGCUGAAGUUCUCGACUUGUUGCAGCAGGCAGACCUACCAAUCACCAAGGCCUGGUGCCCGUUCGAGUCUCAGGCCAUCUGGUACGUGGUUCAGGUCGAUCGGAAGAGGCUUGUGGAGAUGAAGACCACGCCUGAAAAAUUCUGCCGCCAAAUUGGGGAGAUCAUUUUCACCUCUAAGCCUGGUCGAUUUGUGCCAAAGAUCUAUGUUGUUGGCGACAAUAUCGAGCCUAGUGACUUGCAUGACGUCGUCUGGGCUGAAGCGACCAAGUCCCAGCCACAAGCCAGCGACUUCUUCUUCGUGGGCAACUACCCAACCUAUGAUCUAGUACCAUACGCCACUCACGGCUUUAACCCUCGUGAGCCCAAGGCCAAGGUCGUCAGAUUAUGCAUGUUGCCCGAGGAAUUCGAGACUUUGGACCGGCCGUGGAUUGAAGCUUCUUUCCGUGGAUCUUAUCCGGAAGAAAUCAAGAAGAAAGUCCUGGAUAACUGGCAAGCAUACGGAUAUGAGGAAAAUCCUGUCAAUCUCUGA